AUGUCUUUGAACCCAACAGAUUCCGGAACUGUCGACUCGGGGGUCAAGGAUCCCGGAUCCACUCCUAUAUGGUCCAGCCCCGGUGAAGGAGGGAGCGGUGGUAACCCAUUCGACGACUCCCAACCGUCUCUCGGAGGAGUGACGGAGAUUCGAGUGUGGGCUGACAAGUACAUUGACGCUAUUCAAGUCGCGUACGUUGACACCGUCACUCCUAAACAUGGUGGGGGUGGAGGUCAUGCCUACACCUUUUUUUUGGACACCGACGAGAAAAUUGUGAAGAUCAAUGGUCGCGGUUCAAAAAGCUCCCCUGUUUACGGUGGAUCCAGUGGGAAUUCAUUUAGCUGGAGUCCGCCCCAAGACUAUUAUCUCAGAAACUUUAGCGGGAGGAGAUCAAUCAACCCGCAAAACAAAUCCCACAAUGAAAUUUACGAAAACAACAUCCGAAUAACUGUCAGUGAAAUGCCUCAAGGUGGUUUCGCGAUGCGAAAGCACAAAAGACGGAAAGGACAAUACUUCAAUAUGGCGGAGCCCACAAUAAAUAUCGAAACCCCAGCCAUCAAUGAAAGCCGAUUCAAGUUUCAGUCCCUUCCAAGAGCACUUGCGACCCGGAGGGGACGUAGGCGUAAGAAAGCGCGUCGUCAAGCGGACACGUUAAUCAAGGAUAUUGAUGGCCAUGGCCACGAAUCGGCUGGUCGGAACUCGACAGACAAUGCGAGGCCACCGUGGUGGCCCGAGGGACGCACUUCAAGGCAUGUCACCAAUCCGUCCUCUGUCCCUUCUUCAACAAACAUCGUCUUCCUGGCUCCUAAUUACUCCAGUUCGAUGUCCACAAACACAGACAGCUCCCUCCAAGUGCGACGAUCCACAAGACUCAAUAAGGCGCUUGAAGAAGGGCUUCCCACCGACUCCUCGGAAAUCGUCGCCUUUUCGACCAAUAAAAGUGGCACCAAAGAGAAACGCAUCGAAGGAUGCUUAUCAUCGCGAGAAGGCGAGUCCAAGGACAGCCGCGACUCGUCACGAAUUGAUGCCUUUUUUGAGUCGAAAAGCCAAGGUUCCGGGCCGAAGUACCGCGUCGACGGAACGUCUUUGAAUAUACCUCCAAUCGCUUCACCUUCUAUAAAUUCCCUUAAGCGCAAGGGCGAUGCGCAGACUGAGGAAGCGCCUCCCAGGAAGAAGUUACGAGGAAGCGACGCCAUCGCGGCGCAUAUGAUCCUACACCCAGGCUCCAGAAAGUUCCAACCCUGGACUUCGGGGCACAAAAAAUAUGACCUGGAGAAGGUGUACAAUAAGGCCAUCGAAAAUUUGAAUAUACUAAGGGAUGGUCAGACGACGGUGACCCAAGAGGAGAAAAUCAAGGUUGCAGGACUAGAAGCGGACCCUCGCGUACUUUGGUACACCUUCGUCUCAGUCAAAUGUGCUGGAUGUGACGGGGUGUUGUGUGGUGACAAACGUAGGGCUUUUUAUACCACGCUUUGGAGCAAGCAUGCAAGAAGCUGCGAGCCAGCUAAAGCAAUUUAUCAGAGGCAGGGUGCGCCCGCACCGUCCAUGCCGACUCAUACCCCAAAGGACCAUGAAGGGGCGAAUUCGCUCGUGUUGCUAAGCAGCGGAUUUGGAACUCCAAGCCAGGCAUCGACGCCAGCCUCCUUGAGCUCCUAA